CGCGCCGAAACGGGAGCGCGCAGGGCGCGCCAGGGUGAGGGGGACGGGGGCGGGGUGGGGGCAGCCCUUUCCCAGGCGGUAGCGGGGGCGGCGUCGCUGUUGCCCUUUUAAGCCGCGGGGCCGCCGCCUCCUGCCGCUGGAGUCGGUUACAAAGGGAGCAGCCACCCAGGCCGCCACACAGCUACCCGCUGAGGCUUCCGAGCCCCUCGCCAUUUUCCAGCCGCGCUCGACGAGGCGGAGCCGCGAGAGCGCGGCCCAGGCCGGCCCCGCGGGGCGGUCGCGGCCGUGACGGCGGCUCCGGGCCCGGCUCCCCUUCCGCGCCCCGCUCCCCUUCCGCGCCCCUCCCGCCGGAGAUGAGGGGAAGAUGUCCGUGUCAGGGCUCAAGGCCGAGCUGAAGUUCCUGGCGUCCAUCUUCGACAAGAACCACGAGCGAUUCCGCAUCGUCAGUUGGAAGCUGGACGAGCUGCACUGCCAGUUCCUGGUGCCGCAACAGGGCAGCCCGCACUCGCCGCCGCCGCCACUCACGCUCCACUGCAACAUCACGCCAAUUGUUUUUAAGUUUGCGUUUAAGGAGAAACUGACAAUGAGAAUGGACUCGUUGACGGAGGAAAAGUUGGAAUGCAGACUCUGGUGCUGUUUGAGCGACCCCUCUCCCCCGGGCCUGGCUGCGCGCUGCUGUGUUCUGGAAAGGAGCAUAGUACCGUCGAUGCGGCAGGAAUCCUAUCCAUCUUCUUCACCGAUAUGGUUUGUGGAUUCUGAAGACCCAAAUCUGACAUCAGUUCUGGAACGUCUAGAAGACACUAAGAACAACAAUUUGCUUCGUCAGCAAUUGAAGUGGUUGAUAUGUGAACUCUGCAGUUUAUAUAACCUUCCUAAGCACCUGGAUGUUGAGAUGCUAGAUCAACCACUACCCACGGGUCAGAAUGGGACAACAGAAGAAGUGACUUCAGAAGAAGAGGAAGAAGAAGAAGAGAUGGCUGAAGAUAUAGAAGACUUAGAUCACUAUGAGAUGAAGGAAGAAGAGCCUAUUAGUGGGAAAAAGUCAGAGGAUGAAGGAAUUGAAAAAGAAAAUUUGGCAAUAUUAGAGAAAAUUAGGAAGACUCAAAGGCAAGACCAUUUAAAUGGUGCAGUGUCUGGGUCAGUGCAAGCUUCAGAUAGACUUAUGAAAGAGCUCAGGGACAUAUACAGAUCACAGAGUUAUAAAACAGGGAUUUAUUCAGUGGAACUCAUAAAUGACAGUUUAUAUGACUGGCAUGUUAAACUGCAGAAGGUUGACCCUGAUAGUCCUUUGCACAGUGAUCUUCAGAUCUUAAAAGAAAAAGAAGGCAUAGAAUAUAUUUUGCUUAACUUCUCUUUUAAGGAUAACUUUCCAUUUGAUCCUCCAUUUGUUCGAGUGGUGUUACCUGUUCUCUCAGGAGGGUAUGUAUUGGGUGGAGGAGCAUUAUGUAUGGAACUUCUCACAAAACAGGGCUGGAGCAGUGCCUACUCAAUAGAAUCGGUCAUCAUGCAAAUAAAUGCCACCUUAGUCAAAGGCAAAGCCAGAGUGCAGUUUGGAGCAAAUAAGAAUCAAUAUAAUCUAGCAAGAGCCCAACAAUCCUAUAAUUCCAUUGUACAGAUACAUGAGAAAAAUGGUAUGUUUAAUUCAGCUGGUACACCCCUCCAAAGGAAGAUGGCUAAAUAUGUUGACUGUUGUAUGUUUGGACUAAUGUUGCUUUAAAGAAAAUCUUUCCAACAUGCAGACAAAAGCUUUGAGUGCCCCUAUUACAGCAGUACCGAAGACGUUAGUUAAUAGAUAUUUUAGUGGAUAAUCUGUCAUCUGACAUCCAGUAUAAGUUACAGCCUUUGCAUUUUGCUCAUUUUAGAUAUCUUGGACUGAGCAGUGGGGCCUUUACUGUAUUUUUCCUGAUAAAUACACAUACUGGCCACUCCUUAUCUCUUUUUCUUGAAAAGUGAACUUUUUAAAGCAGCCAAGUCAACAUCAGGCUACUGAAGUUGAGGCUUUAGGGUAACUUUCCUAUAUUGAGCCCAUGGGUUACAAGGAUUUGCAAUAUAUUGUUCCAUUUACAGCCAAUACAGGUUUAAUCGAUGUUCAAUAUUGGUUUAGAAAAUUUAAGGCCUUCUAAAUCAUAAUAGCUCUUUCAUGUCUAAAACCAUUUUAUGAUAUUGCCAAAAUGUGAUAGGAAACCUACUCAUUAAAUUGUUACACUUUUUAAUGACUAUGUGAAGAUAUGAAUUGUUUCCUGAAGAUAAUACUCUUAAUUGAGUUGUAUUGUACUUCUUAGGCAAAGCAGUGUAAAACUGUAUCAAUUAAGGCUUGUGAGUAGUGAUUUCCACUGGGGCAUCAGAGUCUUGGCUGGGCUGAAUCUGCUGCUUGUUGGUUCAGUGUUUCUUAUGAACAAGAGCCACAGUACAGAGCUUCAAGUUAUUUAAAAUACUAAGUCAUCUUCCGUUUCUAUUUUAUUAACGGGAUGUUGCAAUCGUUUGUAAACUAAUAAACUUAUAAAGUGAUUGGCACAAAGACUCCUUGAGCAAAAGCUGUGCAGUUAAGUACAAAAAGAUACUUAAUUUGGAGACUCUUACAGUAAUUUUUGCCAUGUCAAAACAAUGGCUUUUACAUUGAAAGAUUAAUAGAAACUCUACAUAUGUUAAUUUUUUUAUAGAACCUGACUCAAAUCAAGGUACUCUCCAUUUUAUUGCCUUACCUGAAUCAGUCCUUUUUGGUUGGUAAUAGAUUUUUUUAUACACCCAAGUUUGAUUUAAAAGUAAAUUCUAGUUCUUAAGCACUUUUAACAAGAAAUCCAGAAGCACAUUUUUCUGCACAAACCAGUUACAAAGUUCGAAAGUGUUUCUUGUGCAUUAGCUUUGAGAUUCAGUUUUUAACUUUGUAAACCACAUCUGAGAGACUUGUCAUUUCUACAUUGUGUGUGUUUAAUUUCUUUUGAUUCCAUUUUGGUUAAGAGAGCAGUAAAUAGAUUUUCUGGUAUUCUUGUUCACUUGAUUACAUUUGUAUAAAGUUCUGAUUGCCAGUUGCUCAGAUAACAAGUGACAAGGCAGAAUUCUUUAAAUCAGUAAAGUUCCUUAAGCCUAAGGCUAAAUCUUGAAUACAUUGUUGAAUUCUUUAAUAUCCUGAUGGCAAGCAGACUGAUAGCUGCACAUUUGGCAUGCUUUGUUUAAUGGAUUUUAUUUUUAAUUGCAGAUUUAUUUGGCAAUGUACAGUAAAUUUUGUAAACUUGCAUCAAGUUUAUGAAUAAAGAACCAUUUAAAAA